GACCGGUAACAACAUCAGAGCGGAUGGACCCAUACAAACAUUUCACUCUGAAACUGUCUAUGUGAAAUAAACAUCAUGUCAUAUACGUUGUACGGAUAAAAUCGAUCGCUAUUCGACUGAAUUUGGACGGGAGCGUCUGUCGCAUGCGCUGGGGUCACAUUACAGAGGUUAAAUCUUCGUGAGGAAUGCCAGCACCAACCAGCCCUUGACUGAAUCCUCUGACAUUAGAGGGGAAAGAAAGUGACCAAAAAGCGGAGGGAUGGGAGAGACGGAAGAUGAACGGGCGUCUCAGGCCGGCCAGCUUUUUGAGAAUUUUGUGCAGGUCACCACCUGUAAAGGCACCCUGCAGGCCUUCAGCGUUCUCUGCAGGCAACUCGAGCUGGACCCCUCGGACCACCGGAACUUCUACAGCAGCCUAAAAGCCGCAGUCACAUACUGGAAGGCCAAAGGCCUCUGGGGGAAGCUGGACAAGAGAGCCACCCACAAGGAGUACUGCAAGGGCAAAACCUGCGUGGACACCAGGUGUCUCAUUAUUGGUGGUGGACCCUGUGGCUUUCGGACCGCCAUAGAAUUGGCCCUGUUGGGCGCCAAAGUGGUGGUGAUUGAAAAAAGGGACACAUUCUCCAGGAACAAUGUUCUGCACCUUUGGCCUUACACCAUCCAUGACCUCAGAAACCUUGGAGCCAAGAAGUUUUAUGGAAAGUUCUGCGCUGGAUCUAUAGACCAUAUUAGUAUCCGUCAGCUGCAGCUCAUGCUGCUAAAGAUCGCUCUCAUCCUUGGGGUGGAGGUACACGUCAACGUCGAGUUCCUCAAGCCUCGGGAGCCACCUGAGGACCAAGGCCCUGACGGGCCUGGAUGGAGGGCGGAGAUCCGGCCGGCCGACCACCUGAUCUCAGAUUAUGAGUUUGAUGUGAUAAUUGGGGCAGAUGGCAGGAGAAACACUCUUGAUGGCUUCAGGAGGAAGGAGUUCAGAGGAAAACUAGCUAUCGCCAUCACUGCCAACUUUGUUAACCGCAACACCACAGCCGAGGCCAAAGUGGAGGAGAUCAGCGGCGUGGCCUUCAUCUUCAAUCAGAAGUUCUUCCUGGAGCUGAAAGAGGAAACGGGGAUCGAUCUGGAAAACAUUGUCUAUUACAGGGACAACACGCACUACUUUGUCAUGACUGCAAAGAAACAGAGCUUGCUGGACAAGGGUGUGAUCAUCAAUGACUACAUUGAGACCGAACGGCUGUUGGCGAGCGACAACGUGAACCAAGAAGCAUUGCUCUCGUAUGCCCGCGAGGCUGCAGAUUUUGGCACAAACUACCAGCUGCCCUCCUUGGAUUAUGCCAUCAACCACUACGGUCAGCCGGAUGUGGCCAUGUUUGACUUCACCUGCAUGUACGCCUCUGAAAACGCUGCGCUGGUGAGAGAAAAGAACGGCCAUCAGCUGCUGGUGGCUCUGGUUGGGGACAGUCUGUUAGAGCCGUUCUGGCCUAUGGGCACAGGGUGUGCCCGAGGGUUCCUGGCUGCCUUUGACACAGUGUGGAUGAUAAAGGGUUGGGCUCAGGGUAAAGAACCCCUUGACCUUCUGUCUGAGAGGGAGAGCAUCUAUAGGCUGUUACCUCAGACCACAGCUGAAAACAUCUCCAAAAACUUUGAGCUAUACACCAUAGACCCAUCUACACGUUACCCUAACCUCAACUCCACCUGCGUGCGACCCCAUCAGGUACGACAUCUGUGUAUCAAAGGUGAGCAGGAUUCAAGUGUUUUGGAGCGCAACGGACCCACGCGCAGAUCUGUGAACCUCUCCAGAGGAGAAUCAGAGGUUCGUCCCAGCCGUCUGCUGUUCUGGUGUCAGAAGCAGACUCGGGGUUACAGGGGAGUGGAUGUGACUGAUCUCACUACCUCCUGGAGGAGCGGCUUGGCUCUGUGCGCCCUCAUCCACCGCCAGCAGCCUGACCUCAUUGAUUUUGACUCUCUGAAUGAAGCAGACUGCGCUAAGAACAACCAGUUGGCGUUUGAUGUGGCAGAGCGUGAGUUUGGCAUCCAGCCCAUCACUACAGGGAAAGAGAUGGACGCCGAGCGUGGGCCAGACAAGCUCAUCAUGAUCCUCUACCUCUCCAAAUUCUACGAGAUGUUCCGCAACUCGGCUCAGCCUGCAACAGGUGUUCCUAAAGAGGCGGAUGCAAAUAAUGAAGACUAUUCAUCCAAGACUGCCAAUUCUGUUCACAACUCCAUAAAUCUCGCACUGCCAAGAAAGAGAAUUCCAAAGGUCGACAAGAAGUUGGAGGACAAUGAUUUUAACAAAAAGAGGAAGAAGGGAAUCGGCCACCUGGAGGAGGGUGCGCCCUCUGUAGGCGAGAGAGGUGAACAGAAAGAAAACAAGGUGCGAUCCAUGGCGACUCAACUGCUGGCCAGGUUUGAGGAGAACGCUCCGAGCUGCGCUUCGCGCAGACAGUCUGAAUCCAAAGUCGACUCAGUUGAUGAAAGGCCAUUGUGUCUUGAUAUGACUGACAACCCACGCUUUUCCAAACCUACAAACCAUCCCACGCCUCCACCACCCCCUCCACACAAACAAAAAUGGCAGCCAUCUCCAUAUCUAAGACUGCUCGAAUCUCACAUCCAGAGUGAAACCCGGCACACUAGUGCCCAACGUUCUGAUUGCCACUCCGAUGCGAAUUCGAGUCAUGAGAAUGUAGAGAUGCAAGAAAAGACUGAAGUUCGCUCCAGUUGCCAGCUUGCAGAAUUUACCUCUUGCUUUCAAAGCAGCGAGUCUCGUUCCAGAACUUCUCACAUUCCCUUUAAAGUGCUCCAGUCGGUUUCUCAAACUGAGCUGUCCUCACGGGACACGGAACCAUUGGACUUGCGUCCGUCCUUCACACCGGCUUUGGACGGGAUGAUCAAGUGCAUGCAGAGACUGGAAGAUGAAGUCAAACAGAACGAAACACAGGCUAGACAGUUCAACAAGAGAAGCGUCAAGGAGCGAGCGCAACAGCUCAGCUGUCUCUUCUCAGGCAAAUCGACUCAAUCUCAGGCAUCUGAAGACCCUUCUGCUGUUUCCACUUCUCCUAACAUUUCUUCAGCUCACACUAUCCCAGAAUGCUCUACUCUUUCCUGUAUUCUGUCUCCUGUUGCUUCAGUCCAACACAAGCAGUGCAGUACUGAGUCAGAAACACAUCUGAGCCAUGAUAAACAUACAGAUCGCUCUGAAGUCAGGCGUGUUGAAUGCCUUGACACCUCCAAACAGAGAACAGUGGGAAAAGUUUCCUCUACCAUCGGGGUUAAAGCAGCAACACUGGCCAUAUUAUAUGAGACCGAUCAUAGACCCAACAAUCCAUUCACCAUCUCACUGAUAGAAGCCAGAAGAUGUACAGAAUCUGGGGCGACCACCCUGCGAAAGGACUUCCCUCAGGGUCUGGGCGGCAGCGACACCUGCCACUUCUGUAAGAAGCGAGUGUACGUGAUGGAGAGACUGAGCGCGGAGGGAAACUUCUUUCACAGAGAGUGUUUCCGCUGUCACAUCUGCGGCUGCACGUUGAGACUGGGCGGUCACACUUAUGACUCCAACCAAGGCACUUUUUAUUGCAAGCUGCACUUUUCUCAGCGGAUAACCAGCAGUAGACAUAGAAGAGGAGAGGUGCACGGAAGCGGCAGGCCCUCAACGAGCACAACAUCCGACUACUUGGCCGCAGAUGGCCACCACGUCCAGCCCUCAGGUACCCUGACUUCCUUUAUUAGGAAAAGUCUACGCCGGCCACUGCACGUGGGCCGCACGCUGUUCGGCAUGCCCCGCCAGCUCGCCCGCUGGAUGUAUAAGGCGGUCCGGGCUGUAGAGCUGCACUUCAGAGAGCGGCAGGAGGACUAUGCCUUCCUUUACGAGCUUCUGAGUUUGGGCGUGCCCUUCUUAUACGUGCUGCAUGAGGUCGCGGGUCAGAUGAGCCGCGAGGAAAUCGUUCCUCCCCCAUAGAGCAUGAUAGUCAGCCGAGCGCUAUCGAGGGCUCUUUUAAGGGUCCUCGAUAUAAUCUUGGGCUAACUGGGGGGCAGGGACGACUUAAACUCUGUAGACCCGGUCACAUUCCAUGCUUAGUUUACUUGCCCAUGCAAUAUUUGCUGUCACACGAGUUUCUUAAGGUACUUUUGCAGUAUUAUGCGAUUUGCUUUUUUGCGAUUUCGUUUUUUUGCUUAAGCUUUGACUUCGUGGUCUUACAGGGUUUAAGAAAUAUUCCGAGUUUGGAUUUGUAUGAUUGCAAUUUUUGACCAAUGUAAGAAACCAAAGCUGAUAAACUAAGAGCACCUUACUGAGGAAACUGCCAGUUAACGUAAAAGCAACGUUAACGGCAACGUUGCAUUUCCCGUCACGUCAUAUAUGCAACUGAAAUGCCAAACGGUAUUGUUUUUUUUCUUUAAAAUGCUUUUUGAUGACAUUGUUGUUUUUGGCUACUGUUAAGAAUCUUUAAAGGGAUUGUUCACCCAACAAUUAAAACUUUUUUUACAAAAUUAUAUGACUUUUAUUCUGUGGAGCAAAAAUAAAUCUUUUGAGGAAUAAUAAUGCAGAAUGCAUCUUUUCUUAUAUUGAUCAUGGCAAUUAAGGUCUAUAUUUAUUAUUGACCGCAUAAAGAUUCAUGGUUUGUUUCUGUACCACAGAAUAAAAGUUGAUGGCAAGUAAGCAUAAUUGUUAGUAGUAGUAAUAUAUUUUUGGGUGAACUGUUCAUUUAAGGUUUAUGCAAAUUAACCAAAAUCUGAUUUGCAUUUUGGUGUUCUUUGUGAUGUAAUGCUGCAAGUAGCUUUAUUGGGGAAUUGCGUAAUAUUCAAAAUUGUAUUAUAUUGUUUUUUGUCCCCUCAGUAAAUAGGGUAACUUUUCUAUUAUCUAUAAACAUUCCACAAAUGUGUGCGGUAUAAAGCUUUAAGAAGUGUUAUUUUUGCACUAUUCUAUCAGUGUUCUGUUUUGCAUCAUAAUUAUAGUUUAUUCUGGGAAUUCACAUCUGCAUAAAGUCUCUCUCUAAAUUUCCAUCUCUCUUCAUAUUUCAUUCUUUCAUCCUAUGCCACAUCAUACAUAGUAUGUUUCAAGUUUCCAAUGCUCCAACCCCUGAUUGGCUGAACCGUCAGAGCAGGAACGCAAUUGGCCUGCAUGGGUCAGGUGAUCAAGUUGUUAUGCUUUGCACCGGUUCCCUGCAUAUCCCAUAACUACAUUAUUAACCCCACCAUUGAGAAUUAAGCAUGGGUCUAAUGUAUGAACAUUUCUAACAGUCUUUAACAUUUUGUGGCAUUUCCAAACUAACAGACUAACAGAAUUGCACUUGCCAAUCCCAGCAUGCUUUUGAAAUGCACCUGUUAUUAUGGUUUCUUGCUAGCGCCACACUUGAGUUCACUGUGUCCCGUGAAGUAACCGGCCUUCUUGUUUCUCUCCAUGUUUGUCCUCUAUGUUGCAGAGGCUGAUAUACUGUCUCAGUCCCAUGUAAGAACUCUCUCUUGGUCAUUAUAAUAACUCAAACUUGGGUUGUCAUGUUAGUUUUGCACAAGUUCCAAAAUCCUUCGAGGAAAAGCUUUUGUUGUACAUUUUGGCUCUAUGUAUUUAAUGAAAGACUGUUUGUCUUAAUUUAUAUUUAAAGCCUGUAAGCGAUAAAAUAAAUAAAUGUUGAACUCGAUGAAUUUGUUUCUGCCUUUUUGUCUGCCAAUUAAAGAAUGUAAUGUAACCCCAGCUGUCCACAAGUGUUUGUAUUCAUCAUUGCAAUGAUGAAAACAUCACAACAAAUAUUUGAGUGCCAAACAAAUGCUAAGAAACACACUUCACAAACGUAACUAACACCCUCCUUUUGCCCUUAUGGUGUUUUAUUUAUCUCACUCUUAACUUCACAUUCCCACAUUUUGAAAGCAUUGGAUCAUCUGACCACUGUUAGAAAAUCACCAGUAUUUUGGAUUUAUUGACUGUUUUACGGUACAUACAUCAGACCCAUUGCAAAUAUGUCUGAUUUAAUAUAUAAUCUCAUUUAACUUUGGUCUUUUGGGUCUUUCCUAUCACCUGUCCUUUUAUCCUCCUGUGACUGCUUUUAAAGGGGUCAUAUGAUACGGCUAAAACGAAUAUUAUCGUUUGUUUUAGAUGUAAUGUAAUGUGUGUAUACACGAUUUAAGGUUCAAAAACGCUGUAUUUUACACAUACCGUGCAUGUUUGUAUCUCCUCUUUGCCCCGCCUCUCUCCGAAACGCGCAGAUUUUUUUACAAAGCUCAUCGCUCUGGAAAGCGAGGUGUGCUAUGAUUGGCCAGUUAACCAGUGCGUAGUGAUUGGUCGAAUACAUUUAUGCAUUUUUUGGCAGAAAGCGACUUAUAUUGCAUUACCCUAUACAUUUAUACAUAGGUAUGUGCAAUCCCCUGGGAUCGAACCCACAACCUUGCAUUGUUAACGCAAUGCUCUUACCGCUGAGCUACAGAAACGUAGACGGACUCCAGAAAUAAGAACGACCAGGCGGGUUUGACAGACCCCAGCACUUCAGAUGAGAGACCGGAGGCACCGGUCCUCUCAGACUCAACGGAGGUCAUAAACAUGAGUGAAGUGAAAGGGUCAUCUUAAAAGCCUGAUAAUGUUGAAUCUCUGCCUGCAUGUCCCGCUUCCCCGCCGCAGAAAGGGAAACGCUUCACUGCCAAAGGAGAAAUGACCAAC